AUGGAUCUCCCAAUUCUUUACUACGAUGAAACAGAAUGGGCAAAAACGCAUACUGGUAACAAGGUGAACAAGAAACAUGCAAUCGCUGGAACUCAGAAUAUUGUUAUUGCUGGAAAAACUAUUAUCGAAGAAGGUGUGUCGAUACGUGGAGAUUUGGCGACAGUGAAAAUCGGAAAGCACUGUGUUCUCAAAUCUCGUUGUGUUAUUCGUCCGUGCUUGAAAAUGUUUAGUAAAAAGCCGACGAUGUGCAAUGUGAUAAUUGGGGAUUAUGUUUUUAUUGAUGAGGAUUGCGUCGUAAACGCUGCUCAAAUCUACGCAUUCGUCCAUCUCGGUGCUCGAGCUGUUCUUGGAAAUGGUUGUGUGAUUCGUGAGUGUUCACGUGUCCUUCCCGAUACUGUUAUCCCUGCUGACGCGAUUUUCCCACCAUUCUCAACGAUCGGAGGAAGCCCAGCGAGAGUCAUUGGCACCGAACCUUUAUGUGCUGAGAAUUUGAUGACGGAGGCUAUGACGAUGUACUAUGAUAACUUUGUUCCGCAGCAGAGAGCUACUACGAUCGCAUAA